GAGGGGGUUGUGGAUUUUGGAGAUAGAUGAGGUAUGGUCUUAUAAACCAGCUCUUCCCAUAGACACAGGGAGUGGAGUACUGCUUUGGGUUCACAGGGAUGGCUGCACCAAGCUGGAAGCUGCAGCAGGGCCUGUCCUUGUCACUGUGCCUCCGGGUCUGGCCCCUCUUUUGGAAUAUCAGGAGGAAGGUGGCAGGCUCAGGCUGGGCUUUGCAGGAGCCAUUGUGUUGGGAAGCGUAAUCCACACCUCAGGGCUGCAGGGUGACUGGCGGUGGGGAUUUUUGUCAGCUUCAUGCCACCUGCAGAGAGUUGCAUUUACAAGUAAAACAUUGGGGCCUCUGACGUGUUCUUACCUGGGGCUCCAUGCCAAAGACCCAACAGAUAACUGGCAGCUGCGGGCUUCAGCACUAUUUCCUAAAGCACUUCCCAGAGUUGCUGCACGGGCCUGAGGUUGUAUGCCUGUAAUGCUGCCUUGUGAGAAGAAGGAUGGGGGAGGGGUUAGCCUGGUGGUAGGGUGUGUGAGAAGAAGAGGGAGGAAAGAAACGGAUUGGCCAAAGGAAUGUUUGGUAGUGACUGGGAAGGAGAAUGCAAUAAAGAGCAGAAAUGAUUGGAUGGUCCCCAAAACUGUGAAUAAUCAUUUUCCUGGCAGUGUGUCAGAGACUGCUUCCUAAGUUAGUACUGUGGGGAGGAAAACUAAAUAUUUAAUGGCACAAAUAUUAGUUUCCUGUUUUAUAAAGAUGCAGCAUAAAAGGCUUGGCAGAAGGGAUAUGGAAAGGAUUUUGUUUCCUUCUAAAUACAUAGAGGCCAUGUGCUUGUAUCUGUUCUGUGAGAUCCAUAAUAUAUGCCCAUUUUUUUUGUCUUAAACUUUGAGAACAUGGGAACCUGCAUUCACACAAAGGAUUGAGACGAAUACUGGGAAUGGAAAUUCUGCUUUUUUUAGAGACUUCCAAUCUUAACUUAAUCCACGAUUGCAACAGCCAGAAAGUGAACUAAAAAAACCCCAAACCUACAAAUGAGAAGUCUUAGUUUUAAAAUCUGUCACGGGAUGAGUCCUUUAGUGGUGUGAAGGAUGCCUGCACACCUGAGUUAACUGUUUUUGCCUUUUCAGAUAUCAUCCUCAUAGAAAGCACACUCCUGUGAUGACUGCUGAGUAAGACUCAAACAUUUGUAGAGUAAGAUGUGAAAUAAAACAUACAGAGGCUUUGAAGCUUCUGUAAAGAGCUGCAUCACUGCAAGAGGCUUUAGACAGGUAACAGGUGUUGCAGCACAUGGUGCAGCUCUGACUGCGUGCACUGGCACACAGCAGCAGGGACUGUGCCUGGAGCACUGCAGCCCUGCAUGGGCACGGCAGCAGCAGGUGCUGGGAAGAAGGGAAUGGGGAGCUAGGCUGAUGGGGUGUGCAUUCAGGGAGAUAGGAGCACAGGGCUGCUUAUGGUGUGGUAAAAGAUUAGGGAUUUCUUCAUAUUUGUUGAAUGUUAGAAAUUGCUAAUGAAUGCCCUGAAGAAACCCAGAAGGAUUUUUAACAGGAAGAAGGAGAAAAAGUAUGUAGAUUUGUCUGCGGUCUCUUUGACUUUGUGUAUAAUUCUUCCUCAGCGUACACUAACUCUAUAAUGGGAUAGUAUUCCUACUGUAGCUAUAGGUGUUUGGGUAAUCUCCUGGGAACUGAUGGGCUGCAGUCCUCCGGGAGAGGCUGAAGAGCAGUGCUGUGCAUUCCCUACCUUGCUGUGCUGGGGGGCUUGACGCUGCAUUUUAGCUCAGUGCCUCAAUCCACCUGAAUGUCUGUGCCCUUCCAGCAGAACCAGGCUGCCACAGCUUGGAGCAGGAAGUGCCUGGGACAGUCCCACCAGGCUGGGUGGUUGGCAAGGUUGGAUAGGAUCUAACCUCACAGCCUUCCUGUGGGGAUCCUUCAGGUGUACUCCGCAGCUCUCCAGUGAGUGAAGAAGAGUUCUGAGGAGUCCGUGUUUGGUUGGGUUUAUCUUGCUUAGCUGAGACCAAAAAUGUGUUGGAGAGGGAAGGGGGCCCCACUAAUCCUGCUGGCUGCUCACUGAUGUCUACUUGGAGAGUAUCUUUUAUAAGUGAACCAACUUCACUUAUAAGGGAAAACUGGUGACUUGCUACUAUUACAGAAAUCACGAGAUGCACGUCUUAACCAAAAUGGUUGCAAAGGAAGACAACUCCAUACAAUUUAAUUGAAUUUGAGUACCUCCACAGAAUCCAAAAUCUUCAUGUUGGCAAAUACAGCUCCGCCACAAUGGAAAUACUCGGAGCCAGGGCAGCCUCAUAACUGUAGAAUGGGGACCACAAGCUGGAGUUUGCACUGUAACCAAAGAUGGGUUUUAAAUCAAGAGAAGAAAAAAUUUCUCUUGAAAAGCAGUUAAGAGAAGAUGGGAGUAAGGAAACGUUUACUGCAGUCUUUCAGAAUUUCAAGUCUGAAAGUUUUCUGCAGAUUAGCACAGAUACAUCAGCUGGGGAGAGGAAGAGCUGCUAGUACAGAAAUGAGAGUGGAGAUCCUGUCCCAAACUGAGAAGUAUGUGUGUGUGGUUAACAAACACAGUACUAAGCCCAAAACGGGGCUUUAUUCAUGCUGAAGGCCUUUUGGCCACACUGAGGGCUGGAUGCUGAGUUCUGUGCUGCAUCCUGGAACCUUGUGCUGCAGCCCAUGUGCCUCAGCGUUGCUUGCAGUAUCUUUUCCAUCAGCUGGAGCUGGAUAGUUGGAGCCUUUCCCUUGUGUUCUUUGCACUUUACCCAGCAAUUAAUCCGGUUCCUCCUGCAGCUCAGUGUUGUGUACUCCUCCCACGCCAAGAUGGGGCAGUGGCAGAGCUCCUUGCACUCUGUGCUGGGUGCUGCAGGGAGGAAUGGGGAUCUGUGGCUUCAAAGGAGCUGACCCAUUAUUCACAGCCCAAGUGACGCAAAGCCUUUUUGACUUUCUGGUUUUGCCUUGCCAUUUCUUGUAGGAACAGCCUCCAUAGAAGGAGCUCUGCGUCAUUCCCCAGCAAUGCUGGUUGAUGACUCUUAUUCCAAGUUGGAAAUAUGAGAAAAGUUGAAAACUGAAGAGAGCAGCGUUAUGGGCCAGGCUUGCUCAUACUGCUUUGAUCAUUCCUUGUAACAAGAAAAACUGACCCUUAAAAGCCUUGAGAUUCUUUAAGUACCAGUUUGAGUAUUUGAUUUAAGGAAAAAUAAACAAGCCCUAUGUGUCUGGGAAGGUAAGGAGGACCCACAGACACUGCCAGUCUGAGUUCAUCAUGUGCUCAUGUCGGUUUUCUGGACGUAUUGUCUGCUGUCUUGCACAGAGAGGAAAAGAAAAGGGUUAAAUUCUCACUCAGAAAUUGGAGUAUAUUUGCAUAUAAUUGUGUCUAAUCAGGAACUGAACGGCCCUUUGGAAUUGUUCUGAGGUAUAGCUGAGAAGGAUGCCUGGGCUGAAACAAUAAGGAGGGAGAUUUCCUGGCUGCACAUGAACAAUGAGCCUGGAAGGAAGCCUGGAGUUAACCAGAGAUCAGGGAGUGACUGCACAGUGCGAGGGCAGCUUCAAGUGUGGGUCUGGGAUCACAGAGGCCUUGUUGAAGGAAAGAGAUAAACAAGCAAAGUGGAAUGGGAUUCCCCUGCUGUUACAAAAGCUAUAUGAACAUAGCCACCCAAACAGUGAUUUCUCCCAGUGCCAAAGCAUCUUAAAGGAAAUUUCUCCACUUCUUUCAAUGGAAGCCAUGGCAUUCGUGACAGAAGAUAGAAAAGCUGCUCAAGAGUCCACUUUCCCAAAUACAUACACGUUUGACUUGUUUGGAGGAGUUGAUCUUUUAGUAGAAAUUCUCAUGAGACCAACUCUUAUGACACAGAAAAAGAAACAAAAAAUAAGCGAUGACCUCAUCAAGGACUGUUUAAGCAUACUGUACAACACGUGUAUAUGUACGGAAGGAGUUACACGGCGAUUGGCAGAAAGAAAUGACUUUGUGCUCUUCCUAUUUACACUGAUGACAAACAAAAAGACAUUCCUACAAACUGCAACGCUCAUUGAAGAUAUCUUGGGAGUAAAAAAGGAAAUGAUACAACUGGAUGAUAUUCCCAAUCUUGCAAGCCUUGUGUCCAGUUUUGAUCAGCAACAGCUUGCAAACUUCUGCAGGAUCCUUGCUGUCACAAUUUCUGAACUUGACACAGGAAGCGAUGACAAGCACACACUUCUUGCAAAAAAUGCCCAGCAGAAAAAAAACUUGGGUCCUUCUCGAGCUGAAGUUAAUCAAGCUACACUUCUGAAUAUACCAGGUUUCAUUGAACGAUUAUGCAAACUGGCAACACGGAAGGUAUCUGAAACAACAGGCACCUCCAGCUUCCUCCAGGAGCUAGAAGAGUGGUACACCUGGCUGGACAACGCCCUCGUACUUGAUGCAUUGAUGAGAGUGGCAAAUGAAGAGGCAGAGCAGAGCAGUACAGAGUCUUCUGAUGAAAGUGGUCUGGCCAACACCUCAACACGAACGCAGCUUCCACAGUCUAUGAAGAUCAUGCACGAGAUCAUGUAUAAACUGGAGGUGUUGUAUGUUCUCUGUGUGUUGCUCAUGGGGAGACAGAGGAAUCAGGUUCACAAAAUGAUAGCAGAAUUCAAACUGAUUCCUGGCCUCAAUAAUUUGUUUGAUAAACUGAUCUGGAGGAAGCAUUCAGCAUCUGCUCUUGUUCUGCAUGGACACAAUCAAAAUUGUGACUGUAGCCCAGAUAUCACUUUAAAGAUACAGUUCCUGAGGCUUCUUCAGAGUUUUAGUGAUCACCAUGAGAACAAAUAUCUCCUUUUAAACAGCCAAGAACUUAAUGAGCUGAGUGCAAUCUCCCAUAAAGCCAACAUCCCUGAAGUUGAUGCAGUUGUCAACACAGACAGGAGUCUUGUCUGUGAUGGGAAGAGAGGUUUGUUGACCAGACUGCUUCAGGUCAUGAAGAAGGAACCAGCUGAAUCCUCCUUCAGGUUUUGGCAAGCAAGAGCAGUUGAAAGUUUUUUGCGAGGCACCACCUCCUAUGCAGACCAGAUGUUCCUGCUGAAGAGAGGACUCCUAGAGCAUAUUCUCUACUGCAUUGUUGAUAGUGAGUGCAAAUCACGGGAUGUGCUUCAGAGUUACUUUGACCUUCUGGGAGAACUGAUGAAAUUCAAUAUUGAUGCAUUCAAGAGGUUCAACAAGUACAUCAACACAGAUGAGAAGUUCCAGAUAUUUUUAAACCAGAUCAACAGUUCAUUGGUUGACUCAAACAUGCUGGUUCGCUGCAUCACGCUGUCCCUGGACCGAUUUGAGAAUCAAUCCGAUGCUAAAGUUGCAGAAGUCCUGUCAGAGUGCCGCCUGUUAACAUACAUGUCCCAGAUGUCCAUGAGAAUGUCCUUUCUUUUCCGUCUCAUUAAUAUUAUUCAUGUACAGACACUUACACAGGAAAAUGUCAGUUGUUUGAACACGAGUUUAGUUAUCCUAAUGCUGGCCCGAAGGAAAGAAAAGCUACCAUUUUAUCUGCGCACUUUGCAACAGAUGGAAUACACAGAGAAAUAUCCAGGCUUCAUCCUGAACAACUUCCACAGUCUUCUGCGAUUCUGGCAACAGCAUUACCUCAACAAGGAUAAAGACAGCACCUGCUUAGAAAAUAGCUCAUGUAUUAGUUUUACCUACUGGAAAGAGACUGUAUCUAUACUGCUCAGUCCAGACCGGACAUCCCCCUGUGCCAUAGUUAGCUACAUCGACGAGGCAUAUAUGGACAUUGACAGAGACUUUUCUGAGGAGUAAUUCUUCGCUCUGGCUUCUGAUGGACAGCGCUCGGAGGGUACCUCGCAGCCCGUGGAUUUUCAGGGAUACGCUGUGCUGUGUGUGUGUGUGCGGCUCGGAACCGCGGAGCGUCACCGCCUUGUCCAAACCCCGUCCCUAUCUCUGACCUCUGAUGGAUGAGACUUUGAAAGCUCUCUGGGUUCACAUUCAGGGAUGUAUUUUCCGGUUGUUCUGGGAUAAAAAGAAUCACCUGCAAAAAAUGACCCCCUUUUAUUUUAUUUUAUUUUUUUCUUUUCCCACUUUUUUCUCUUUCCCAAUCAAAUGCGGAUGGUCAGAGAGUUUUGAGCUGACAGAUGAGGAUAGUCUGUGUGUGCCAAUUGAGUUAUGAUUCUUUCCCAUGGCUAUCAGAAUUAGUAAGUCGAAAAGCACAGCAAUUGCCCUCCAAAUGUGAGCUCCAAGGAGCCGGUCUGCUUGGGACCUGGGUGCACCAGCCACAUGCAGAGGGCUCCCUCCAGGUGCAACUCUUCUGUUGGGGUUUGGAAUCAGGGGCUUAGGGUUGGUCAGAGUGCGAGCGUAUGUGUGUAUGUGUGUGCGUGCUUUUAAUUCCUGAGAGCCCCCUGCUCCAGUCACCUCUUCAUCAUCUACUUUUGGAUCAUUUGGUACUAAAUCUGUUCAGCCGCUGUCUGUGUUAGGAGAGAUCCUCUGCUCCUGCUCUCUUUCCUGCAGAUCCUCCCCACCUGAAGGCAUUUCACAAUGCUGAGGAGCACAGAGACAUUUCAGUGGUGGAAUUGCAACAGGCGUUGGCUUUUUCAUGGAGCACUAGCAUUAAAAUGUACUAAUUUUUUUUAAACUUGGGGCUUGUCCCUUCUUGGGUAACUAAUCUGGUUUUAAAAUGCUUUUCAGGACCAUUGCUCUUGAUGCUCACCUGCUUAUGUCAGUCUCUGCUUUCAGUCCUUAAUAUCAACACACACAUAAAUCUUAAGUGCAAUAUUGAGUGGAGACGUCAGUUUUUCCUGGAUCUGUUUUAACCAGAACGUGUUAAAUGCUGGGAAUAAACACUCCUAGUUGAAAAUAACCUUGCAGGAUAUGCUGAGAAAGGGGGAAAGCAGGUUCUAGCAGUCACAAUUCAUGGUUGCCAGGCCUGUGCACACCCUGCCAGCUCCCCAGUGUUCAUUGUGUUGCUCUAAGAACGUCAGAUUCCCAGGAGUGAAAUACGGUCUGAAAUCCUGCACCACUGCAUUGAAUUCAAAACAUCUCCAUCUUGCAGCUCCAGCUCAAAGGAAACUUUUCUGAAAAAUGCAGCUGAAUUUUUAAAGAAAUCUUUUAACUUAGGUGAGACAAUUUGAUGUUGGCUCUCUCUGGGGCCCGGGGCUGAGGAGGUCCCUGAGCUGUGGUGUUUUGUCUCUAUCCCUUGCCAGCAGCAUGAAGCCCCUUCUGAGGGGUCCCUGCGCUGGGACCUGGCUGAGAGGAGGAGGCUUCCAGCCCCACGUACAGGACUUGCUCUCUGAAGUCACCCCUUGCUUAUCUCCCACUUGUGUGUCCUGCUCCAACUAGCAGGCAGUGCUUUGCUUGCAGGGUGGUCAGAACUGCUGAGCUUAUGCUGGCAGGAACUCCUGGGGCAUUCAGUCCCUGCUCAGGGUGAGCCCUGGGCAGGCUCUGCCCAGCUCCAGGGUGCUGGGGAGCUCCUUGCUCUGGCAGCUGCCCCUCUGCUCUCCAUCAGGUCCCCCUCACCCUGUGCCCUCUCUCCCCCAGCUUAUUUCUUUCUCACCUGUACUUUUUUGUUCUUGGGUAUUUGUGUUUUUGGUGUAUCUUUGCUUCUUCUUAACUGUAAUAGAUGUACACUUAAAAUAAAUGCUUCAAAUUAAAAGGCUUUUAAGUUAA